AUAACGAACCCUAACAGAUGAGUGAGCUUCUUACAGUGAUGAAGAGUGUUCAUGAAGGAACUGGCCUGCUUAUGUUCAGAUUUGAGGCUCUCUUAUUUAGGGGGAUGGAGAUGCCAGGACUAACUGGUAGCAGAGUAUCUCUGUCAUCUCUACCAAGUGAGCAAAACGGGCUUUUUCCUUCUUCAGUAGCAACUCAUAAAGGACACAGAGGGUGAACUUCGUAUUUUGCGUCCUUGUGCUGUAUAAAACGAGCAGCCGUUUUGUUUUGCCAAGUUCUCUCGCACUCAGCUCGUCCCUCCCUCUCCCUGAGUUCUGUUGGAGGCGCGCGUUAUAAAGCGAAAAGCUCAGCCUUUCCCUUCAGAUCGACAGAGGUCCGACCACUGGGUGCACCAGCCGCCAGACAAUCAGGACCAGAACCUGCUCCCAGCUAUGACCCUGCUGCUGCCAUCACCUGGAUUAACUCUUAAGUAACUUCUUCGCGUCUCUCCCCACUCGAUCAGAACGAUCCUCCCCUGUGUCCAUCAGCUGCCUCCUCGGCGGUUUCUCCGGGUACCUGCUGCCCCCAUCCAUCCUCCAACUCUCAGCUGUUCUUCUGCGGUCAUGGGGUUCGUUGCUUUCUUUUUGCCUGGUCAGCUGAGGGGCUUGACCACGUUGUGAGGGUAAAACCAGGUGGAUUUAUGAUCGUGAGAGCUGAAGCCAUUACUCGAGGGAAAUUAGUGGAAGUUUGAGCUCCGGGAGGAUGCAGGUGACGUUUUGGUGCGCCGUGUUCCUCCUGACGCCUGCUCUCUGCCUGAUUACAAGUGUCCAAGCCUCAAGGUCAGACAUUGUAAAGACAGGAAACCCCAAGGCCACACCAAAGCAUAUAUGGACAGAAAGUGGAAAGGAAAUGUCCAUCAGUAGGCUCUUGUCACAGACUCUAAAUGGCAACAAGAACAGCACUGCUCUGGACCUUCACUAUAAUACCCCAGAGCCCUACUCAGAUCAAGACCUAUGGGACUGGCUGAGAAACUCCACAGACCUGCAGGACUCGAGGCCCCGUGCUAAACGACGGCCUAUGGUUAAGACCGGUAAGUUCAAGAAGAUGUUUGGCUGGGGGGAUUUCCACUCUAACAUAAAGACAGUGAAACUCAACCUGCUCAUCACUGGGAAAAUUGUGGAUCACGGCAAUGGUACCUUCAGUGUGUACUUCCGCCACAACUCAACUGGCCAGGGCAACGUAUCUGUCAGCUUGGUCCCACCAACUAAGAUAGUGGAGUUUGAUGUGGCAGCACAGCAGUCGGUCAUUGAUGCCAAGGACUCAAAGUCUUUCAACUGCCGAAUAGAAUAUGAGAAGGUAGAAAAGGGGGCAAAGAAUACACUCUGCAACUUCGACCCAUCUAAGACCUGCUACCAGGAGCAAACCCAGAGUCAUGUUUCUUGGCUGUGCUCCAAACCUUUCAAAGUUAUCUGCAUCUUCAUUUCCUUCUACAGCACUGACUACAAACUUGUUCAGAAAGUGUGCCCAGACUACAACUACCACAGUGACACUCCCUACUUCCCUUCUGGCUGACCUUUCCAUAGACAGCACAGUCAACUCAGUAGAUGAUUGGAACAAAAACUGGGGAUUCUUCCCAUUCCAGACAAAUGUGUAUGUCAGCCAUUAUGUCCCUCAACGUGUCUGUACCAUUCAGCCAUCCCAAAUAUUGUUUUUUUCUUUGUUAAUUAUUUGAUUUCUUUAGAAAGCAGGAGAAUUCAUUUUAAAUAUUUCAAACCUAGAUAUGUAGAACUGUAAGAUGCUUAACCUGUACCUGAGAAAACUGUGUGAAAACUGAUUGUUCUCUGUUAGAAUUAUGUUCUGUAUCUUCUCAGUCUGGUUUAUAAUGGAGAGGCGUAUUGGUCCAACUGGGGUUGUAGUUGUCACUGUUAAACUAAAUCCUACUGGUUCACUUUAUUAUUAUUUAUUAACCCUAGUUCUAUCACAUUUUGAUAUUUGCUUUUUUACUUUUCAGACACAUUGCAUUAUCUCAAUGACCAACAGCUGGAGUUAUCGCCUCUGCGGUGCACUUUUAAGCUCCUGUUUGUUACUGCAUAACCGGAAAGCAAAAUUAAUUAAGUUAUUCAAAAACAAUAAGAGAUUGUCUACAGUCGUUUUUACAGAAACUGCAAAGCAGUUGAUGAUGAGUUAAAUGUAAGUUUGGUGUUUUUAAAAAUGUAAGGUGGUCUUUCCUGCCAACAGGGUGAAUUGGGAUGGAAACGAGACCUUCCCACCAAUCCAGUUUGAAUUAUAUACUACCAGUGUCAAUCCUCAGUAUCAUCAGUAUCUUUUUAAGUGAAGCCAGAAUGUUGUGUUUGGUGGAUGACUGGUUGACUAACUGAAUGUCUGAUUGCCUGACUGAAUGGUCAAUUGGGGAGAGGAU